GUAUCUUGACUACUAUAUUUAUUGCCAUAUUCCUUCGAGAUGAGCAUUAGUACUCCACCACGUCGUUUGUUAUCAACUGGUGAUAAGUUUGUGCCUGUUACUAUCGAGGAAAAUGAUUUAUUUGGUGGAAUAACAAAAGUUCUAAAAGUACUGAGACCUUCUUGGCCUCUUGAUAACGUUAAAUUCAAGACCUUCACCGAUGGAAUAACAAAUAAAUUAGUUGCUUGUCAAUUUGGUGAAGAUUCAAGCGACGGAGAUAAUGUUGUGUUGGUACGAAUUUAUGGAAAUAAAACUGAUCUACUCAUCGACAGAAAUGCUGAAAUUAGAAACAUCAAAAUCUUAAAUGUAUUGGGAAUGGCUCCAAAAAUUUAUGGUGUAUUUGAAAAUGGACUUGCAUAUCAGUACUAUCCAGGUGUAACUUUGAAUCCUGACACUGUGUUAGACAUUAAAAUAUGGCCUUUGGUAGCACAGCAGAUGGCUAGAAUGCACAAAGUUGAGCUUGGGAAAGAAAUAAGAAAGGAACCAAUGGUAUGGGAUAAAAUAGAACAAUUUUUGAGUUUACUUCCUGAACCUUUUGGUACUGAAGCUAAACAAAUAAGAUUUUCCAAUAGCUUUGGGUCAAUAACAAGACUAAGGAUAGAGUCAGAGCGCCUAAAAUUGCACUUAACCAAAACUGAGAGCCCAAUUGUGUUUGCUCACAAUGAUUUGCUUCUAGGAAACGUCAUCUACAAUGAACAUAAAGGGAUUGUACACUUUAUUGACUAUGAAUAUGCAACUUACAAUUACCAAGCCUUUGAUAUAGCAAAUCAUUUCAAUGAAUUUGUUGGGUUGUCAAUAGAUGACAUGGACUAUAACCGAUACCCCAAUAAAGAAUUUCAAACAAUGUGGAUUCAGAAAUACUUGGUUGAUUACCUUAAUGUUGAGAAUCCCUCUGAUGAGAGUAUAGAAAAGCUGUACAGAGAGGUACAACAUCAUGCACUGGCUUCACACUUUUUGUGGGGUAUAUGGUCACUUGUACAAUAUGAACUCUCAAACAUAGACUUUGAUUUUGGAAGAUAUGCUGACAUCCGAUUGAACAGAUAUUAUAAGCUAAAGGACAAAGUCUUUAAGGAAUUGAGUUGAUAUUUAUAAAAAAGUAGUUAAACUGUUUUAUGAUUGUAGCAUAACAUAUUAAUUUGUAAAUUAAGGAGGUUUUUUUAAUUUAAGGAAAUCAUGUAAU